AUGCCCGUGGCGGUAGGUGGCGGAUCCCCAGCGCCGUAUUCGCCGCGGCCCUUUGGCGUGGCGACUGCUGCGCUUCUCUCGCCGGUGCUGUCGGCGCCGGUGGCCCCUGUUGCGGCGAUGUCGGCCGCGGGAUCUCCUGCUCACGCGUGCUCCACGGUAGUCGACUCUCGACGGGAGUCGGCUGGUGUGGCCGCCCCCCCGUGCGUGGUGCCGCCGAUGCCCGUCCCUGCCUUCGUACUGGCGCCUGCGGCGAGCGUGGCGCCUCUUCCUGCUCCUGACGCGGCGCUCCUUCCGGCGCCUCACGUUCCGGUGGUGCGAUCGCCGGCUGCGCCGGCUGCUGAUCCUGCCGUGGUGGCGCCUGCGUCUGGUGCGCCACCGCCUCCUGCGCCUCUUCCGGCUCUACCUCCUGUGGCUGCCGAGGCGUGUCCGGCGGCAUCUGCCGCUGGGCCCCUUGGUGCAGGCCCGGCGAGUCACAGCAGCUCACGGCGUGCAGCUCCAGCGCCGUCCGCUCCCCAUCCGGUCGCGCGCUCCGUGGCUGCUCCGACGCCCGCGGUGUCACUGCCGACUCCCUCGGCCCCUGCUCGUAGUGGUGGGGCUGGGCUUCCUCGCCUACAGCUCCCUUCUCUGGCGGAGGAGCUCCUUCCCCCGCGCACCGAGGUUCCGAAGGCGACGCUCGGGCAGUUAUGGAGGCUCUCGGAGAGCCUUCGUGCGCUCCUGCUUGUGCAGUCCCUGGCACACGGGUCUCUUCCGCUUGUCCCGGCGGAGUCCCUGCUUGACGGCCCGCGGGACGACUGUCUUGACGCGGCCGACCAGAUUGCCCUCCUCCUGGCGCCUGUGUUGGCCGUCCCCGUGCGGGGAGGCGUUGGGGCUGUGGGGCAAUUGGACGCGGCUGUGCGGGACUUACGGAGGUACCUGCGGGCAGGUUCCGGAGCCAACGCGAUUGGCGCCGCCAUUCUGGUGGUCCGCUCGGUGUGGCAGACGAUGACGGGCAUUCUGCAUGCCCUGCAGGCGGAUCGGAUGUAG